UCUGAUUGGACGCUUGGUACCGUAAAUCGUGUUGGUUACAGAACGCAUGGGACCGAGCAGGGACAGCGUGUGUGCACAUCUGAAAUAAUGGAGGCUAAAUCCAAAAAACCCUUUUCUCCUAAAGGUGGAAAGAAGUUUACACCGAAAGGAAAAGAUUCCAUAGGGACCAAAUUUGGAGGAAAACCAGGCAACAAGCCGGGUGGUAAAAAGCCCUUCAAACCAUACAACAACACAGAGAAGAAGAGCAGACCAGGGAAGGGUGGAGAUGCCGGCAAGAAGCAAAACAAAUUUGUGGUGUCCAAAGCCGGAAACGUGCAGCAGAAGAGGAAACUUCCUUUUAAGGGGAAAAAGGGAGGAGAGGGAGAAGGUCCAGCAGCUAAGAAGAUGAAGAAAGGUGAGUUUAAGUCGAAGAAGGAGCUGACAAAGGAGGAGCUAACACAGAACAGGCAGCAGAAGAAGAAGGAGCUGAAGAAGACCAGGCAGCUGGCGGAGAGGAAGGACAUGUUCCAGAUCAUCUGUCAGGCCAAACAAGUGUGGGGAGACCUCAGGAGAAAGAAGUGCGACAGUGACAUGAAGAAGAAACUGAUGAAGGAUCUUCAUGAUCUCAUCCGUGGGAAGGUCAAACAGAUGGCGUUUGCUCAUGACUCAGUCCGAGUGCUGCAGUGUUUCAUCCAGUUCGGCAGCCAUGAACAGAGACAGGAAGUGUUUGAGGAGCUGAAAGAUGAUGUCAUUGGUUUGUGUAAGUCGCAGUACGGCAAACACAUUGUGAAGAAACUGCUGAUGUACGGGAACAAGGAGCUGUUGGCAGCUGUGGUGCAAACUUUUAAAGGUCACGUGCGGCCGAUGCUUCGCCACGCCGCCGCCUCCUCCAUCAUCGAGUACGCCUAUAAUGACAAAGCCGUGCUCGCACAGAGACUCAUGCUCACUGAGGAGCUGUACGGGAACACAUUCACAUUGUGCAAGUCGACAGUGUGUAACACCAUCGAGAAAGUGAUCGAGGGAAACCCGGACAAGCUGAACAACAUCAUCGAUGAGAUGAAGCAGAUUCUCACACCCAUGGCCCAGAAAGAACAAGUAAUCAAACACUCUCUGGUCCACAAAGUCUUCCUGGACUUCUUCCAGUAUGCACCUGACAAACAGAGAACGGAGAUGAUCGAGUCCAUCAGAGAGUCGGUCGUCUACAUGGCUCACACACACGACGGCGCAAGAGUGGCGAUGCACUGUCUGUGGCACGGGACGGCCAAGGACAGAAAAGUCAUUAUCAAAACUAUGAAGACGUACAUGGUGAAGUUUGCCACGGGGGAGUUUGGUCACCUGGUUCUUCUGGCCAUAUUCGACUGCGUGGACGACACCAAGCUGGUCAAACAGGCCGUGCUCUCAGAGAUCUUGUCGUCUCUGGAGGAGGUCAUCAGUAACAAAUAUGGCAAGAAGGUUUUGCUGUACCUGCUGAGCCCCAGAGACCCUGCUCACCUGCUGCCGGAGAUCAUCAAGGUGCUGGAGCAAGGAGACAAAAACACACACAGUAAAAAGGACAUGAAGCUUCGGAGGAAGGAGCUGCUGGAAGUCGUCUCCCCCCCACUGCUGGAACAUCUGCGGGACCAUGCUGACACCAUGGUGACGGACAAGGCGACCAGCGUCACCGUCAGUGACAUCCUGGCGUCAGCCUGCGGGGACCUGCGGCCCGCCAUGACGGCCGUGGCUAAGUUAGCCAAUCAGGAACUAGUGCCAGGAGGGACCGGCGGACAGCUUCACAUGGCCGAGCAUCCUGCAGGACACCUGGUGCUGAAAUGGCUCAUCGAGCAGGACCUGACGCUGGAAGAGGCUGGCAAGGAAGAGCGCUUCAGCAGGAUACUGGUGGACACAGUGGGGACGGACAAACUGAAGAGCUGGAUCAGAGUCAACAGAGGAGCUAUGGUGCUCUGCUGCCUCCUGAACAGCUGUGACAAGUCCGUGGCUGCGGAGGUGAAGGCAGCGCUCGAGUCCAUCAAAUCAGAGCUCAGCAGCAUCAGCAACAACAAAGGAGCAGAAAUCCUGCUGGAGAAUCUGAACAAAUAGACUUUUUCUAUUCUAAAUGAACUGGUGAUGUUGAAAGCACCACUUCUGUGCUGCAGACUGCGAGUUUUGUCUAGCUGCAAAUGGGAAUGUUUUCAGGAAGUGCACACAACCUGGAACACUGAUGCUUCAUUUCAGUCCCUGAUGGAAUAAUGGAAGUGUUCGGAGGACGAAGUGAUGCUGCGAGAAAACUGGUUCAACACGAAGAUGCUCCUUGUGUGUAGGCAUUCAUUUGAAAGUUUGUACAACACAUAAUGUAAAUCUCCAAAUGCUUCUGUCGUACUCAUUGCAUCAGUAAAAGAGUUUUUUUUUUAAUUUAAAUACAAAUUCUCUGUUCUUUCCAGUCACUUCUUUCAUUUAUUUACAAUCACUGUUAAAACACUGACAAUGACCCUCAGCAUUUCUUUCACAUUUAAAGCCUACUUGAGAAAAGAAGUCCUACACCCUUCAAGUGUCUGAAGGCUUUUAAAGUGAUGCGUCUGCAGCAAGUGUUUCGUUUCAAUGACCGGGCUUAAUGCAGGAUGAAGAAAGUGCAAAUGUUCAGUUUAUUAACUCAGAGCAGCCAACUGGUCUUACUAAAGUAUAAAAGAACAUUUGAGAAGUUCUGGUUCCAUUUGCAGUUGAGGUAAAUACAAUGUUGAAAACUAUCGAGAAUUUACAGAUUGAAGAGCUGGACUGGGUCUCUGCCGUCCUCUUGUGGAUCCAUCCAUGCAGAUAGUUUUGGUUCUUUGUGGUUUCUGCCAGAGGUGAAUGGAAUUUCAUUUUGGUGCUCACAGCACAAUUGAAAUUAAAAUUUGUAAUUUCACCGGCAGUGUAUGUUUUACAGGAACAGUGUACCUGUUUCUUAAUACAAAUCAGAAAUUGACAGCUUACAACCAGGACAAAACAAUCUGGAUGGACACACACAGUAAAGGUUUUACCAGCACAGUGCUGUUUGUUUGUGUCAUCCUCAUCAUCAUCUGGUUUUGGAUUGUUUAUCAGAUUUUGUACCAUGUGAGUGAUAAUUGUAUCAACUUAAAAGAAAAUGUGUUUUCAAAAUAAAGAUUAUAAUUAGUA